AUGGAUGUUCCUGAAGCUCUCGCCGAGCUGGGCAAUCGCGAUUAUCUUCCUGACCUCUGCCUCGUCGACGUCAUGAUGCCAAGCAUGGACGGCUACGAGGUUGUGCGGAAGCUGCGAACUCUUUAUCCAGACACACUUCCUAUCGUCAUGGUCUCUGCUAACUUAGACAUCGCGUCGGAUGCUCAGGCUUGCGGAGCGGACGCGUGGGACUCGAAGCCGCUGAAAGCAGGCGCUAUCGUUGAGAAGAUUCAGAAGACGAUGGAGAUGAAGAAAUCUUCAAGAAGAUCAAGUCCCGAUGGACGCGCGGAAGGUUCUCUCAGAAGGUCAAACUCGAGAGAGAAGCUACAGCCAUCCGACAACAGCUUGCAAGAAUCGAACAAGAUGAUGGAAGAGAUCAACAACUUGCGAGCAGAGCUCACGGUGAUGCAAGACAAGGCAGACAAGUUGGAAGAGGAGAAGAAGAAGCUGCAGGCUGAUCUCGACCUUCACGUCCUGUCGAACAAGCAGAAAGAGCAGGAAGUGUCGGAGCUGAAACAAGCUCGUCGAGAUGCGGAGGUUCGACAUAUGAAAGAGAUGAAAGACUCGGAGAAUGUACAGAAAGCAAGGGUACGGAAGGACCUGGAGGAGAAGAACAAGAUGGUUCUCAACGCAGACUCGAGGAGUCAUGACUCCAAGCUGGACCUCCUUGACAACAUCACCAACGUCGUCACGACUUGCAUCCGACGCAACACUCGCAGCUUUCAGAUCGCCUACUGCACUCUUGUCAACAAGAACGCUCACUUCACCUUCUUCGGGACGGCAAUCUACGAGGCAUGGGACAUGACGUCUCUUGGCUUCCAUGGCUGCAUUCAUAUCUCACAGUCCACCUACGAUGAUCUUGAGAGUCGUGACGAUACGGUUCUCUUCACUGACGCUCCUGGUCGCAAGUCUUACCUGAUGAAAGUCGGUGAGUUCGAGCAUGUUCUCGAGCUGAAGAAAGCGGAAGCGCAAGGCACCAGCGUGCAGGAUUUUCCUGAGAGGCUGAGAGAGGACGUUGAAGGUCAACUGAGCAAACCACGAGUUGCUGCUCAUCAGGCCUACCUCAACAUGAUCCGCACCCUGCACGUUGACGACAAGUCUUGCCCGAACUGCAAAGGAAGUUUGGCGAUGGUUUGCACUAAGUGCAGGCUAGGAGAUGAUUUCUCGCUGUUGUCAGAAUCCUCGGAGAGAGACAUGAAGUUCCAUUUUGACAAGUUUGGAAAGUACGAGAUUCUUUCCGUCGAUGAUGAUCAAGUGAAUCAGAUGGUGAUUGAGAACAUCUUAAGGCCAUCUGGAUAUGAAGUAAAGUGUGUCGGUCACUCCUUGCCAACCGCAUCGAGCAAGGCGCGAACAUCCACCCUCGAGCUGGUGGAGCUGCUGGAGGAGAACGACUUGUGGAUGGAUUACGACGUGCUGAAGGGCAUGGGAGUGCGGAAGGUGGAGGAUCUGCUUCACAUCACAGGCUCUCAUCUUGACAGCAUGGCACCAGUGACGGCGAACAAAGUUCGCAGGCUGCAAGCCUUGCUAGAGCACAAGGAGGCAUCUCAGGUUGUGACCUGGACAGCCCCGCACAGUUCUCGCCCCAAGAGCGCGUCCAAGACGGAGAUGGCGGUCGAAGCGAUCGGGAGGGCGCUCAAGGUUCUCGGUCAGUCGGACAGCAACGGGGAGAACAUCAGCGACGACGUUCGCUCCCGGCUGAUCUCCAUGCUCCUGACCCCGAAGCCCUGA